GGCCUUCCCGAGUCUCAGAAGAUUUUUGCCGAAGUUCAUAGAAUGUCCCUCCUUGAAAGUGCUGUGGAUAGAGAAUUGCCCGCAACUCCAAGCAUUUAUCUCUAGUUCCAGAAGGACAUAUGCGGGAACUAGUGGGCAAGCAAACUCAACUCUCUUUGAUGAAAAGAUUUUGUUUCCCAACUUGGAAAAUCUGCGUAUCACGAACAUGCACACAUUGAAGAUGAUAUGGAACGAUGAACUCUGGGAGGAUUCCUUUUGUAGAUUGAAAGUACUCGAAGUAAAGCAUGGAAAAGAACUAUUGAAAGUUUUUCCAUCUAAACAGUUGCUGAGAUUCAAGAACUUAGAAAUAUUGAUGGUUAAUGAUUGUAAUUUAGUGGAAGAGGUAUUUGAUCUCCAAGUAUUGAUGAAAAUACAAGAAGAAACAGAUGUUGUAGCAACCACUCAGACUCAAUUGAGAUUUUUGAAUAUAACAGGACUCCCAAACUUGAAGAAUGUAUGGAAUGGGGAUCCUAGUGGAAUUUUGUCCUUUCGUUACGUACAAAAUGUGUAUGCAUGGAAUUGUCCGAAUUUGAAAGAGCUAUUCCCAUUUUCAAUAGCUCAAUGUCUUCCACAACUUGAACUGCUGGAUAUAGAUGGUUGCGGGAUGGAGGAAAUUGUUGCCAAAGAGGAAAGAGCAGAAGCAACUCCUAAGUUUACAUUUAGUCGACUGAAGUCCUUAACCCUUUGGAGAUUAUAUGGAUUAAAGUGUUUUUACUCAGAAAACCACAUCUUAGAAUGUCCGCGGUUAGAAAAAUUGAGUGUCUAUCGCUGUGAUAAAUUGGAAAUUUUUACUUCAGAACCUGGGGAUUUGCAAACAAUGGAUUUGGAGAAGCAGGAGACUCAAUUGAAGAUUCAGGUUCCGCAGCCAUUUUUUUCAUUUAGAAAGAUUAUUCCCAAUUGAAGCAUUUAU